UGAACUUGUGUGAAAUUUUCAAAACAUACCUAUCAAGACCAUUGCUACCAACUUGUCCACAAGGCCAUUGCAAGCAUCUUCAGGGGCAUUCUUGCAUAUUUAACUCCUACACAUACCAACCUUACUUCUAAAGGAAGACCAAACACACAAGAAAAAUUAUACAAGAUAUCAAAUUGAUAACUAUCUUAUAACAAUCAUUCUAAUGAAGUGAGCAGAGAAAAUGCUAAAGGAAGAGAAUGAGUCUGAGAUCACAUAUCUCAAAAAAAAAGUUGAACUUCAAAUGGCAAGGAAUGAGUCACUACAGAGAGAAAACCAAGAACUCAGAGAAGAAGUAGCUCGUUUGAAGUCACAGAUAAUUUCAUUCAAAGCACAUGACAUGGAGAGGAAGUCCAUACUAUGGAAGAAGAUUCAGAAAUCCAUAGAUGGAAACAAUGCUGAUUGUGAAAAGAGUUCAGAAAAUGGGAAUGUGCAUUCAAAUCCAGGUUUCCAAGACUCAGCUCCUAGAAAGGAUAAACCAGCACCAACAGCACCAACUCCUCCACCAAGGCCUUCUUCUAAUCUUCUUCCUUCACAUAAAAAUGAGAGAGGAAUCAAAAUGCAGCAAACAAUAGCACCUCCACCCCCUCCAUCACCAUCAAAAUCAUCAUUUGGUCUAAAAGCCGUGCGCCGCGUGCCGGAAGUAAUAGAACUCUAUCGAUCCCUUACAAGAAAAGAUGUUGCAACAGAAAACAGAAUCCAUCAAAAUGGAAUUCCAGUUGUAGCAUUCACCAGAAACAUGAUUGAGGAAAUUGAAAAUCGCUCAACUUAUCUCACAGCUAUAAAAUCAGAAGUUCAAAGACAAGGGGAAUUUAUCAGUUUCUUAAUCAAAGAGGUAGAGGCUGCUUCAUUUGCAGAUAUUUCUGAGGUGGAAACAUUUACUAAAUUUUUGGAUGGAGAACUAUCUUCAUUGGUGGAUGAACGGUCAGUGCUAAAGCAUUUUCCUCAAUGGCCUGAACAAAAAGUAGAUGCGCUCCGGGAAGCGGCUUGUAACUACAGAGAUCUGAAGAACCUUGAAGCUGAAGUUUCAUCAUAUGAGGACAACCCCAAAGAGCCCUUGGCUCAGGCUUUGAAAAGAAUACAAGCACUGCAAGACAGGUUGGAGAGAAGUGUGAGCACUAAAGAGAGGACAAGGGAGAGUACAAGCAAGAAAUACAGGAAUUUCCAUAUCCCUUGGGAGUGGAUGCUGGACACAGGCCUCAUUGGUCAGAUGAAGCUAAGUUCAUUGAGGUUGGCAAAGGAAUUCAUGAAAAGGAUAACCAAGGAAUUGGAGUCUUCCGAAAACUUGCAGGAAGAUAAUCUCUUAGUGCAAGGUGUUAAGUUUGCAUUCAGAGUACACCAGGUGGCUUUGAUCCAGAGACCACACAAACAUUUCAAGAAUUGAAGAAGAUUGGUUGUGCUAUCCCAAGCUAUAGUAGUAACCUGACCAAGUGCUCCAAACUUGUUAAAAUUUCCCAGAAACCUGUAUCAUAAUUUGUCUCCUAUAAUUAUUUGAAGACUUCACACAUCAGCAGCGGGAUUGACAAACCUUUUUUUCUCAUAUUAAUGUAAUUUAUCCAUGCAUUGCCCAUUUUAUAGAAGAGAGUAUAUGCUUCCUCAAUUAAACACUUUGUGACAUAAAUCCCCAUUUGAGUUUUUGGGCUUCAAAAAGCAAACCAUUCCUCAAAAUAGGAGGAAGAGUGAGGAAGAUGAAGGUAUUAGGGGCAAAUAGGAACACUAUGAGAGAGAUAUAGACAUAUGGAGGCUUCUGUUUCAUAUAGGGUGGGGGGGUGUUUUUUUAUAAGCAAAGAGAAUAUAUUGAAUGAACAAGGGGUACUUCAACCCAAUAUAAAGAGGAAUAUCUAACCCCCCCAACACCUGUUGGAGACACAGCUUAAUAAAAUAUGUCUCAUUAAAACCUUACCAUGAAAACUCUAUUGGGGAAAACCUUGGGGGGGGGGUGUUUAACCCAUGUAGUACAAC